AAUGUACUUUAUGGAGAAAUACAAGGGUGUGGUCAUAAAGAAAGGUAAUUGCCAAGAAAUACACAGUUCCUGGUUUAUUUGAGCUCAUUCAGCGUCAUCAGUCAAGUAACCUACUUAUACAGAACCACUAGAUGGCGUACUCAACACAAACACUGGCUAAAGGCUGCUUUGGGAAAAUAUAUAAAGAAAAGUUUGGAGACGUAUGGGCGGCUAUAAAGAGAGUCCCUGUUGAAUACAUCAACAGACACGACCUGGAAAGAGAAUGCCAAGUAUAUCAUAAUGUACGUCAUCCCAAUGUGGUAAAGCUUCUUGGUGACCCUUGGAUGAAAGAUUAUAUGUGGUACAUUCCUCUGGAAUUCAUCUUUGGAGAAGAUCUUGAGACAACCAUCUUUAAGGCACAAAUCUCUAAAAUACAGUUGACUCCAGCAGUGAAAGCCACGAUCAUUAUUGGUAUGUGUGAUGGUUUGCUUCAUCUACACAAUAAAGACGUCGUCCACCAAGACCUUAAACCUGAUAACAUCAUGGUCGAGCAUCAAACCUGUCGUGCUGUGAUCAUUGACUUGGGCUUGGCAAAGUUUUUCAAAAACGGACUCAGCUCUGCACAAAAUAUGGGCAAUGAAGCGUACUCAGCUCCAGAGAUCCUGCAGAGGGGUGGAGUUCGUGACAAGCGAUCAGAUGUUUGGGCGAUGGGUAAAAUCAUAGCUGAACUCUGUGCGAGGAUCAGGUUACCGACUCAAUACGUGUCCGCCAGCAAAAUUCAGGAAACUCUUAAAGAUCAACCAUACUGUAUGGCAGUGUGCAGGAUGGUGGACACCAAUCCAGUUUCUAGAAUUACUAUGGCUGGAGUCAUCUCAGAAAUUAAGAGAGCUGGAUCAGUAGCACAAAUGAACGUCAGGCCAAGUGACAUCACUGUUGCACAGGGAAAUGAAAUGAGGGGAAAUCAAAGGCGGGUUCAGCAAGUAGCUUCGCCACCUAAGAUGGAAAUAAAGAAACCUCCUGUAAAUCAGAUAUAUUAUCAGCAGGAUCCACCUCAACAGAGGGAAAUGGGAAAGGGAGCAGUCGUCCCACUAAAAGGACCGGGUGCGAACAAUCCGAUGUCCCUAAUGUCAUUUCCUUGCCCCCUACCAGAGACCGGAAAAGUGAUUCAAGAACGCUAUAAUGAGGAGAAAGGAGCUAUGGAAUAUAAAGAGAUUGUCACAAAAGGAGGGAAAAUCAUUAAAUAUGAAAAAGUGCAAAUAAUGAAAGAUUCCUAAGAAAAUAAGAUUUUUGUCCUGGGAACUGGGUGCAAUUUUGAUGUCAGUGUAUCUCUAUAAUGUUUGAAAAAGUCAGUAUUGGUGAUCAUGUUUUGUUGUCUCAUCAUAGAUUUCUUUUUAUUGUACAAUUCCAGCAAGGUAUAGCCAUCAUUUUACAGUGUGGCUUAACUAUAGGUCCGAUACUGCUAUGAGUAACUUACUUUUAGUCUAAAUAAACUUCUCAGGUUACGUAGGUAACCCUAGUUCCCUGAGAAGGGAACGAGACGCUACGUCCCCAUAGCAGCUCAAGUUCCUCAAAAGGGAACGUCUCAGGUUACUUAUGUAACCCAAGUUCCCUGAGAAGGGAACGAGACGCUGCAUCGAAGCGUUGCUAUGGCGAAGCGUUGCUAUACGGACUACCGGCACAUCCGGGAAUUUGACUGUAAAUUUCGUCACCGCCCCUUUUUGGGGGAUAAAAAAGCAGACCAUCCAUUGGCUUCCAUUCAAAAUAGCGGAACAAAGCAACGUUUUUACACAGCCG